AUGGAUGCUGCACACUUCGUGUGCUACGAUGGCACUGCCCAGGAGAUGGUUCUUGGGGUGAAGGAAUUCCAGUUGGCUAGAGCUCUGAUGGAGGGCCACGUGGAAUUUCUGAGCGAACAUGUGCCUUCCUCAUGGGGACCAGUGCAUCUCUUCGAUUUGUGUUUGACUUUUGGCCUCUUUGACACUGCCUGGGCCAUGGCUGAGAGAGGAGUCAAAGGUUGCAGAUUGGAGGCCCAUCACUUGCAGAGAGAUUUCCAUGACGGAGAUAUUGACCGGUGGGGCUGCAGCAAUUGCAUAGACGAUUGGGAGACCUGUGAAGAGUGCUGCUUCGGUUUCCCGGUCGAGCAGGGCAUUUGGAUGACGGGCUGGAACUCAAAUCUCUCAAAUGCCGCAAACGCCGCUCGCCGAACAGCGGACUCAAGCCUCAUGGAUGCUGCGUACGCAGCACGCCGAGCAGCCGAGCAACCCUUGAAUCGCACCGUCCUGGAGGCCCUUCGCUCCGACUCUUUGCCGCAAAGUCUUGCCACAUGGCACAUUUGCUGGACAUCGCCAUCCUGA